GAAAGCCACAAACCGGAAAAUGACCUAUCACCACGCCUGACUUGACAGUUCGCCUUGCGAUGAUGACAGAAAAAUAAAGACAACACGGGAGCGGUGUUCGUUAUUACCUCAAGCGUCGAGUGGAAAGAUAUCCCUCCACUAACAUCUCUGGAUGAUUUCUAGGGUCAACAACAACGGGGUAAGCUUGAGACUGGGCCGUUACAACAGGAGCUAGCAGGAGCUAACGGGAGCGUUACCAGAGCACAUGACUGGUUUGUUUUGAAGGUCUGCUAGCCUGCUAAUGUUAGCUGGCUGUUUACAUCAACACUCAUAUUGAUCUACCUUUUUUAUGCACGGAUAGCAAAUCUGAACUUGACUUACAGUUAAUACCCGAGCUUUAUAUUUAGCUGUCAAAACAAAACCAGUGACCCUGUUUUUAGUAGAGCUCUGUCUUCAGCAGCUGGAAUCGGUUAUCAUCAGGGAACUAGCCUACAGUCUGUGAGAUUAGCACUGAUUAUUUUGCACAAACUCCAUAUUUUUAAAUUUUGAUUUGCAUAUCUGUAAAUGAAUUUUUUUUGUCAUUUAUAAACGGCUUUCUGCCAAUCCUCUAAACGCCUGUAUCAUAUUUACAACCUAGAUUUUUGGGUGUAUUGGUUUUCAGCGGUGGUCAUUUAAACUCAGUCAUAGAUGUGGCCAUUUACCUCCUUGAGAUCUUUUUGGCUCAUCAGUUACUAAUAAGAAUAUAAAUAUCUUAUAUUCCUUGUGAGGCAGUAAAAACAGACCACUGUUGUUCCCAAAAGACUUCAAAUGCUCCUAACAUGAAUUUUGAGUCAAUACAAUGUUGAAGUCUAACCAAUUUGUAAUAAUUAUUGUAUCAUUUUCUGUCUGGGUACAGAGUAGCCUGGUAAAGUCUGAGAAAAUAACAUUAUGAAACUUAAAUGAAACCCUACAUUUUAACCAGGUUGAAAUACAUGUGAACUGUAGGGCUGGGCAAUAAAACGAUAACGAUAUAUAUUUAAAAUUAAUUUUCCUCAAUAUCAAUAUAAAACAUGGUCAAUAUGCUUUUCCAUAGUCAGCAUUCUGCCAUAUUUUGGUAGACUAUAUGAAUAGCCAAUGAAAGGGGGAGUUGAUCUGAGUCCACUUCGCGCUGAACUAGAACCAAGUAGCAAACAACUGCGUAGUAGCAGGCUGCAGCUACACACGUUAGUACUUAAAUACGUGAAGCCGACAGCGCUGUUGGUGAGAAAAAAGAAAAUGAGUGCUACCCCAGCAGAAAUGCAGAUGAAGGCUCAACAAAUUAUGAUAUCGUCGACAACACUUGCACAGAAAUGUUGGUGAUGUGGAGGUAUUUUAGUUUUUUGAGGUUGGAUAUAAAGCAGAGUAAUGUGCACUGCAAAUUAUGUCGAGUACAUGUUCUCACAAAGUCGGGAAGUACCUCAAAUCUUUUUCACCACCUGGAGCAGUGCCACACAGCAGAGCACGCGCAACGCAAAAGGUUACACACCCCUAGUGGGGCAAGGAGCCCAUGGCGACUGUGCAGCCAAAACAGCUGACCAUUCAGUCUGCUUUCUUUGGCGCAACGCCUUACGACAAAAUGUCUUACAACAAAACGCCUUACAACAAAACUUAAUGAGACACAAAGACCUCUCAGAUGCAGUAGCUUAUUGUAUUGCAAAAAGCAUGCUACCAAUAAGCACUGUUAAAUUUCAUUUUUUAAAUUAUGAUAUAUUUCAAUAUCGACUGAUAUGAAAAAAAUUAUUGUGAUAAACUUUUUCCCAUACCGCCCAGCCCUAGUUAACUGGUUUGCAUUUAACAUAAAGAAAUCAUGCAAACCAAAUAGCUGUCUGAUUAUCUUUAACCCUAACCCCAAAGAAGGCUGUCACGUCUGCUCCAUUACUCAUACACCAAAAAGAAUGAAAAUUAUCUGGUGAGACUGAAUCAUGUGCUUUUCUCCCCUCAGAUGUAGCCUAUGGACAUGGCGUACGAUGAGAGACUUGCACAUUUCCGCCAAACCCGCCUCAAUCCUUUUGAUCGUGGAGAGGAAGAAAAUGGUCCCCAUGGAGGCAAGACACCACCACAGCUCGGUAAAUCUCAUCACCGGACACAGUCAUGUGAAGUGUGAAAUAUAACCUCCCUUUAAGGCCACUUUAUGAGUCUCAGUUUGAAGCAAAUGUAGAAUAUUGGGUGUUUUCUUCAGCGUAGCAUCAUAUUAGUUAUGGUAUCUUUACUGUUGUUGCUUUUGAUGAAAGAAGGACAAUAAUGGGAAACUUUACAAGCAUUUCCAUGUAAAAAGAAAUGUUCCUUGUGACUGCAGUCUUUUAAAAGAAGGGUAAAAUAACCAGGCAUCCUUGCGUUGUGGCACUGAAAAAAAAAUAAAACAAAAAUCUUGUGAAUUUCUGAUUGGAAACAGGUUGAUGAUAUGCCCUUUUUUUUUUUUACGAGAUUUCACGGCCCCUUACACCAGGCACACAGAUUUGUUCAGAAGUCAUUUCCCUUAGUUCUGAAUGUUACCUACUCCGUUCAAACUUGCCUGGGGCUUCAAAAACAAAGAGGAAACUGGUGGUUCAUUUUGUAGCGUGGCUAAUCAUACAGGCACCCCACUAAUAAAAGUAGUUAUGAUUAAUGUAUUCCCAUGAAUGUUUGUGCAAGUUAAUCUGUUCUUUUCAGCCCAGCUCUUAAUUAGAAACAACAACACAGUUGUAAGUGCAGGUUUAGAGGGAAGGAAGUUUAGCUGCUGAAGCAGGGGGAAAUGAAAAGCAGUAUUGUACGAAGUGCCCCAGUAACACUUCCUGUAUUUCAGGUUUUAAGGAAUUAAAACAUUUCUGCUUGAUUGAGUAUAUUUGACUGGUGCACUGUUAGAUCGACUGAUUACUGGUGGCGUCUGCUUUCCUGCUUCAUUGUCCUCUCUCUGACACGCUGAAUUCAUCCAACAUGUUUUGCUCUGAAGUGUACGCAGGUAACAGGCACUUAAGUUGUUUUUAUAUUGGUGGGGUUUAAUUUAUAUCACUUGAAAGAAGAAGAAAUUUUAGGUGUGUUUUUUGUCUGAUAUUGUAUUAUUUGCUCCUUCUUGGCUUGAUUUUACCUGAAAUCUCAUUUAAAAAUUAAAUUCAGUUUAAAAUGUUAAAUUUAUGAACCCCAGGAGAGUUUGUUUUAAGUUUUAAGACAGCACAAAUACCAUCUAGCUUGUGCUCACUAUGAACUCAUGUUCCCCUUUUUUUCUGAAGUUUUUGUGCAGACAAAACCUCAGACAGUGUGAAUACUGGAAACUGCAUUUCCAUAAAGCUUAAGGUUGACUGACAGAUCAUUACAUAGCUUUGAAUUUUAAAAACAUGACAAUGAGCAGAGAUUUAGUCAAGUGGGUAUGCUGGAUGAGUUAGUCCGUAUUUCAUUACUGCAGCAUUUAGAAGUUAAAGUCUAAAUGUCAUUUGUGGUGAAUCAUCAGGUUAUUUCCAUUUCUCAGAGACAGUCUUUGUUUGGUUUCUGUUUGUUCUGCAGCUUAAAUCUCAAAUCCUUUAAUGUAGCUGACAGGGCCACAAACAUUAGAGAGUGUAAACUCAUCUCCAUGUGGCAACAACCCUUCUGAUCUCCUGACAAUCCUCUAGCCUGUGGAUAUGUCUUCAGAAGUGGUUGUUAGUAAAGUUCAGACUCUUGAUCUUAAAAACACGUGUCUGUGAAUUUUUACCUGAUCCACACAAAGAAUACUGAAACUUGACUCAAAAUCAGUGUAUGUGACAUCCUAUGUGAUAGAAUUUGUUUCAGCUGAGUCUAUUAUGAGUUAUGCUGCGAGUUGAAGCUCUGUAAGCAGUUUUAAAUGGAGUCUGGUAGGAGUCUGUCAGGUCAGCUGGCAGGGUUACACAUUACCAAUGCUGAUAAGAUAAUUACCCUCAUAACUCAUGACUUGAGUUGUUCAUUUUCUGCUCUCUGUCUCUCAGACAUCUUCAGUAUUGAUUUAGGGUUGUCUCACCCACAGUCAUGGCUGUGAAGUAAGCGUGUAUGAAUGAGUGCUCUACGCUGUGUAUGAUAAGACUGGACAUUGUUUUUGUCUGUUCCUCUUUUAAGAAGCAAGACCAGAGCUGUUUUCUGGGACUAGAAUCCACAGCUCUGAUCGGACCAUGGAUCUGGGUCUAGCUGAAGACCACUUCUCAAGGCCUGUGGUGAGUGCAGCAGACAUACAAAACAAAAAAAAAAAAAACUGUUACACCAAAUUAAAGUGUUUUUAUGUUUCAAAGUGACAGUGUUUGAUCACAGAACUUUCACUUCUGUUUCCUUGACUUUGUAUGUGCUCUUGCUUUGACACUUUUAGGGCUCAUUUGUGGCUUCUGACAUAGAGCAGCUGAAACUGGCCAUAGAGGAGUGUAAAAAGCUGAUCCUGGAGCUGCCAGAACACUCAGAGAGGCAGAAGGACACCGUGGUGAAACUUAUCCACCUUCGUCUCAAACUGCAGGAGCUCAAGGUUGGAGCAUAGGAGGGAGCAGGCGUAGAGGAUAUGAUGAUGUUGUCUCUGUUGAUGCAGUCAGAACAACAAAUUCAGAACUAAUUCAUUUCACUUGCAUGUUCUUGAUUUAGUGGAAUGCAGGGCCGUUCACAGUAGUUUGCCGAGAAGAAUGCGUUAUGUAAAGCAUGCCUGUUUACUGUGUUUCUGAGGAGCCUUGAGCUGCUUUCGUAUGCGUUUGGAAACUAAAACAUUUAGGAUUUAGAGUGCAGGAAUAGGUACAAAAGUUCAGGUGGAAAACUGAAGCAACAUUCUUGAAGCAUAUUUCAUUAUAUAAACCCUUUGCAGCUUUAUUUGAAUCAAUAAUGACUUCUUGGAUAUUGGAUAUUGAAGGAGCAUUGAAGACAUUUUAGGACACUGCUAUGUUGAAAAACAGUUUUUUGAGACCACCAAAACCCUCUCAGAUUUCUAAAAGAAACGUUUCUGUUUUUCAGAGAUUACUGUAUGAUCUCUGGCUUGUGUGUCGCAGGGCAAUAAAUCAAGAACUCAACUAUUAAAUCGAUUACUCCAGAGUCAUGUUGGGAUUUGGAUGCAUUUGAAAGAAAAGAGGACGUUAUUUCAGUCGUUAAGCCUGUAUGAAACCAUCCAAAUCCUUUCCAUCUUGAUGGUUUAUACUGAUAUCAAACCAAUUUAGGCCAUAUCAUGAGAAAGAGCUGACCUAAUGCGCAACAGUGUAUGCUGUGUUGUGUAAUAACAGAGCUUUAUAUUAAGUUGCGUGAUACAGCUUGAAUAGACAGUCUUUGAUUCUUCCAGAGGAUCGUGCGAUGACAACAGAGGAUCAUGACAAGACAAACAAACAAUGAACAAGCUACAGGUUUUUGUAUUAUCAUGUCGAGCUCAGUGUAAAUGCCCAAAGUUUACUUUACCUCUGUGACGAUUUUUUCUAUAUUUUUUCUCUUUAUGAUUCAUUUUACAUACAUUGUGACCUUGAAGGACCCCGAAGAGGACGAGCCAAAUCUGAGAACUCUUCUGGAGCACCGCUUUUCUAAGGAGAAAAGCAAGAGUGUGAAACAGACCUGCGACAAGUGCAGUGCCAUCAUCUGGGGCCUUAUCCAGACCUGGUAUACCUGCACAGGUGAGGCACACUAUGCAGUGCAUCACUCUGCUUUAAAUCUUCCCAGAUAAUGUUGUCCAAAGUUAUAAAAAAAACCCUCAAAUGUUCAUAAAUAGAAGGUUUGAUGGUUUGAUCAACAUCACCGUCUGUGCUUUUGUAGUAUCGCUGGUAUGUUCACAGUGUGGUCAGCUGUUUUGUGUUGCUUGAAGUUUGAUUUUCUCAGAAUUUGUUUCCUGAAUUGUGGACCUGUAAGAACACUAUAGGUCUUUGAAUUUGUUAAAUACGUAUUCAUAUAUUGGAUGCCAUUUUUCUUUUGUUUCAGGAUGCUAUUAUCGUUGCCAUAGUAAGUGCAUGAACCUGAUCACCAAGCCCUGUGUCAGGUCCAAGGUCAGCCACCAGUCAGAGUACGAGCUCAGCAUCUGUCCUGAGAUAGGUCUGGACCGACAAGACUACCGCUGCUCAGAAUGUCGUACACCUAUUUCACUGAGUGAGUCCAAAUUUAUAUCAGUAUAUGUCGUAUUAUACAAGUACUUAGCAGGGUGUCUGUGGGAUCUUGGAAAGUGAAGUCAUUAAAUCAUUUAGCAAAAUUUAAGGCCGUAAAAAGAAACUUUAAACUUGCAUCUUUUUGUCUCAUAGUUUGACUCGCACUUUUAUCUUUUAGGAGGGGUGCCAAGUGAAGCCAGACAGUGUGACUACACAGGCCAGUAUUACUGCAGCACAUGUCACUGGAAUGACACAGCCAUCAUACCAGCUCGUGUCAUUCACAACUGGGAGUUUGAACCCCGAAAGGUACCCCCACCAGCCACAGAGGAAUGCACUAUAAGUAGAAAACAUCUCAUCUGCUUUACGUCUUAAUUUUCGAGGCUUUGCGGGGAAUUGAUGUCAUAUUAACUGCAGCUGUAGUGCAAAACAUGUUUCUGAUAAACCCCAGAAUUACAUUAGAGGAGUCGAUUAAGCAGUCGUGAGUGUGCCACACACUGUGAGACUGGUCUUUGUAGGGUCUCUGCUUUCUUCUUAAUGUGGUUUAAACUGAUAUAAAAUCAGAUUGACAUCUCCGAUAGAAAUGCUGGUUUUACAAACCGCAGUUUUCAUCUUUCCCUUUUUUAAGCUCCGUUGAGUGUAGAUUAUACACACUGAGCUGUUUAUAAAUGCUAGUUUUGACAUAAUCAUUGCACUCAUACACCAAUCUCUUCUCCAUGUCCUGUUGGUGCACCUCUGAUCACAGGUUUGUCGCUCCUCUAUGCGCUACCUGGCUCUGAUGAUGCCCCGACCUGUGCUGAAGCUGAAGGAAAUCAACCCGCUGCUGUUCAACUUUGUGGAGGAACUGGUGGAGAUCCGGGUAUGUGAAUUAAGGCGCUAAGGAAUUUGAGUUACAGAUAUUCAAACAUGAUUACAUUAUUAAAGACAUUUUGUAUUCUUUUAAGAUAACUUGACCCCCAUCAGAACUGGGUGAGUUGUUUGUAUCCCAUCUACCCGCGCGGUCGUCACUGUUUUUGCAAGAGACGCUGUUACAGUGAAAAUCUGGACAAUUGUUAAUGGAGUUCUACAAGCAAAUGUAACUAGAUGGGAAAACCACAACUUCUCUGUGUAAUAAGUUCAACUCACAGCAUUGUGUUUCUGUGUUUCUGUGGAUUCAACAGAAACUGCGACAAGAUAUCCUGCUGAUGAAACCUUAUUUCAUUACUUGUAAGGAGGCCAUGGAGGCUCGGCUGUUACUACAGGUCAGCAUCAUCCUACAAGAUAUACUUUGUACAUUGUAAUUAGAUUCUGCAUGGCCCAGUUUCUACACAGGCAUGACACAACUAGUUGAAAACCUCAAAAUAAUGUUACAACAGCACCAUCAUGUGGUGAAAAAACAGCAUUAAAACUGCACUGAGAAAGGCCCCCAAAAUGAUCUGAGUAUGUGGCGUUCAAUGCUGUUUUAUCUUUUUUUAAAUAUUUGUGUGAAAACUUGACAAUACAACUCAACGUUUCUCAAAAUUUCUGCAAAGUUUUGAUUCAAAGUUACAGACGGUUUUGUUUGUGUCUCCCAGCUACAAGAUCGGCAGCACUUUGUGGAGAACGACGACAUGUACUCACUGCAGGAUUUGAUCGACAUCUCCAGCGGCAGACUCAGCUGCUCUCUCACUGAGAUCCACACCACGUUUGCCAAGCACAUCAAACUAGACUGUGAUGUGAGUUCAGACUUCAAGCACAGUUACAGUACAUCUAUCACACAACACACACAUCUGUCAGCCGCAAGAUUAGUUAUAGUAGUUGAAAAUGUGUUUAUUUGUAUAUAUGCAUGUGAAAUACUGACUCUCUUGUGCUAUUGUGUGGGAUUUUUUUGUAGCGUUGUCAGGCCAAAGGAUUUGUAUGUGAGCUUUGUAAGGAGGGCGACAUCCUGUUUCCUUUUGACAGUCACACUUCAGUCUGCCACGACUGCUCUGCUGUCUUCCACAGGUAAGUUACCACCUGCCCAUAAAACUGAAAAUACAGACACUUUGUAGGGAUCUGUAAAAUGUGGUCCAAUCCAGGGCUUGACACUAACUUUUUUCAUCUUAGGAGCACAUGUGCUCCUAAGAUGAAAAAGUAAGGAGCACACAAAGAACUUUAGGGGCACAAUGAAAAUUGAUCAAAUAAUGUUUGUCUUAUUGGUCAACAUAUUAUGAUUUUUAUUUGAAAUCAAUUUUUGGUCUUUUGGUCACAUGUCAUGGAAGCUUUGAAGAAAAUGUUUAAAAUUUGCCUUUAAAUUUAACACAAAAUUUUUUAGAGGACAAAUUAGGGAAAUAAAGAGGUGUGUCUUAUUGGUCGACAUAAGGACUAUUAUUUGAAAUCAAUUUUAGAUCAAUUGGUCACAUGUCAUGGAAGCUAUUGAAGGAAAACAGCCUUUUUUGAGAACAUGAACUGGUAAUUUAUUGAUGGUCCCUUAUUCAACACCUGUUGUUAACAGUAAGGAUGCCGAGUAGAUUUAACCGCGCUGCUGUCUAUUCCCAAUUAUGGAGAGUGAAAAGACACCUGUAGAUCCUCAGUGAAUGUCCAUCAAAUAUCCAACCUAAAACUAACUUUACCGCAGUAUUUACAUGAAAAAACAUUUGUUUCCUCGGCUGAUCUUUUUUAUGCGCACAUGUGCCCCUAAACAUGUUUUACAAUUCGCACACAUCUGUUUUUGGUCUCAAAUGCGAGUUAAACGGUCGCACUGUUGAGCUCUGGUCCAAUCUAAUACAGUCUCAGUGACCAAAAAGUUUUUUCUUGGCUUUUGUGGAGCUAUUUAUAAUCUCAAAGAUGUCCAGUGAUGGGGAUGAUCUGCAUAAAUUAGAAUAAACAUGGUAUUAUUGUUCUUGUACUACUCAACAUACAUUCACUGCCUCGAAAUAAACACCAUGAUUGAUUAAGGUGUGUUAUUUUGGAAAUAUUUCAGUGGUUUUACAUGUCUCUUCAGGGAUUGUUACUAUGACAACUCCACCACAUGUCCUCGAUGUGCUCGGAUGACUGACCGCAAGCAGGACGAGGUGUUGGAUAUGAAGGAUGCAUAACUCUAGAGAGGAAAUCUAGAUUUUGCACUUUGCCAUGUGUAGUUCUCUACACUGACAGAAGACUAGCUUUCCGUCUUGUCUGUGGUUUGUUUUGCGUGUGUGUUUAAGCUGUAGUGUCUUAAUGUUCCUGUGCACUACAUAAAUGAAGCAGGGUAUCCAAAACCCACUUGAAAAUUAUUAAUAUAUAUAUUUUUAUCAAACUUUUUAAUUCAUACUGAAAUUGGAUGAACUGAACACUGUGUCUGUGCGUCUGUGUGAGUAUGUGUGCUUGUGGAAAUGAACAAAAUAAAUUACCUAGAGAGAAAAGCCAGUAUAACUGUAGGUGAUUAUGCAUGCAGGAGUUGUAUAUUAACAGUUUAAAGCCUCAGAUGCAUUUGCCAAUUCUGCCAUCUUAGCUACAUACUUAACGUAAAGGUCGUAACAAGAGUGUUGUUGAAUUUUAAGCAUUAUGGCUUCAGCUUUCAAAGACAAAGCCGCAAAUUUCAUCAACCAGCCUUUCAGCCUUUAAGCUUUACAUUAGAAAUGCUUCAAGUUAAUUAAGCACUUCUUGCACUGAUCAAAUGUGUUAAUAUCAAUUUAAAGCAUAUUUUGGAGGUAAAUAAGGACUUAAAGGUUAUGUUGUGCAACAUUUUUUGAAUGGAAAUAAAUUAAAUCUGUAGGAUUUUGUGAACAUACCACUAACUUUUCUUUCGCUUUUAACACACAUUCCACGAUUAGUUAACAGUAUUUUUCCCAUUAUUUUUUGUUUUUCAUGCCUACUUUCUUUCCAGAGUUUUGAUUCUUUUAACAUUUACAAGGAUUAAACUUAAACUCUUGCAUCUUAACUAAGUAGUAACUAAGUUUGUCAAUUAGCAAACGUGAAUACUGGAAAAACUUUUAUGGCUUGCAGUUAUUGACAGAAAAGACUACAUAUAAACAGUUAUGAAAGACCAUUAUGUGAACUCUACAUACAUGUAUCUGCAACAGAAACAAAGCAUGCAUUAUCAGUAUAUUUAUUUGUUGGAGGAUCAUUUGACUUUUGUUGAAAACUGUGAACUCAUCGUAUUCAGUCUGAUCUGUGCUCAAUCAGGUUCAGUUUAGUGCACUGUGUAGCAAAUAGAUGUGAAAUCUUAUGAACAUUGUGUGCCUCAGUUCAUCAGGUUACAAGCAGCUGUUAUUCAAACCGUCUUAAUACACUAUAACCAUCAUGUUAAUGGUUUCAGUCUUACAUUUCCUGUAGCACAUUAUAACCUGAUAUGACAAAGAUGUUACACAACACCUUUGGUAAUGUCUAAAUGUUUAAUGCUGAAGUAUUUGUUUUAAAAUAAUCAGUUUGGCUGUGUUACCUUUCAGCAUGAUGUACUGUACUUUCUUUUUUUUCCCUUUUUUUUUCAAAUUAAUGGACAGACAUGGUUUCUGUAAGAGCCAUGACUUGUUGGAAAACGUGAAGUAAUGCAUGAAUAAAGAUAUCAAAUGCAUUAAGUCAAUGGUGUUG